AUGAAUUACGGAACCGCGAAAGCGGAUGACAUCUUUGAGAGCUGGUGGCUAACUCUGCAGGCAGAAAGUGAUGAAGAAGAGGAUGAUGACAUCUAUAAUGAUGAUAAAGAAACUCCCGUCAACAUCACUUCCGAAGAGUCUGCUGUUUUGCCAGCAAAUUUACCGGAAGAUGCCCGCCAAUGGCUGGAAAAUGAAGACGCAGAAGCUGACAGAGCAAUGACGACCAUACAUGUGCACAAAAAAAAGCUUCGGAAGAUACAGCCUGUACUGGAUCACCUGAAUGAGAAAUUCAGCAGGUUAUAUAUUCCAAAGCAAAAUAUAGCGAUCGACGAAUCGCUCCUCAAAUGGCACGGUCGGCUCUCGUUUGCACAAAAAAUCGCCACCAAAGCCGCUAAAGUUGGUGUUAAAAGUUACGAGUUGUGCGAGUCCGACACGGGCUAUUUGUGGAGCUUUUUCGUAUAUACAGGAAAGGGUGACAAGAGUACUGACGGCAGCAUGAAUAUACAGGACGAACACGAACAGAGAGAGACGACACGACAGAUUGACGAACCCACGACGACUUCUGCGUCUUCGUUGCCGCUACCUCCAACGAACGCUACUGCACAAAUUGUACAGGGACUUGCGAAGCCAUUGUUGGGUUUGGGAUAUACACUAAUAAUGGACAAUUUUUACAACUCUCCAUUAUUAACGCGGUACCUCAAAUCCCAAAAGACUGAUUGCUUCGGGACACUCCGAGUAAACCGGGAAUUUGUUCCUGAAGCAAUUAAAUCUAUUGCGAAAACAGAGAUGCGCGUCGGAGAAAUUGUCCAGUCCUUUUCGACGGACGUUAGUGUUAUAUUGUGGCGUGACACAAAUUUAGUAGCUAUGAUUUCUACUUUCCACGAGGGCGAAGUGGGUGGAAAGGAGAAAUAUGGCCGCUACAAGUAUAAGCCAAAGAUAGUGCUAGAUUACAACAUUUCAAUAGGCGGCGUGGAUAGAAAAGACCAGUUCCUAUCUGCACACCCCAUUGAAAGGUCUAAAAAUAUGACCUGGUACAAAAAAGUCUUUCGUCGGCUUUUAAAUGUGACGAUCCAUAAUGCGUUCAUCAUAUUUAAAAGCCAAAACACAAAUGUUACCAAUCGGGCAUUUCGGCGACGCUUGGCUGAUCAAAUAAUGGAAGCGUAUUUGCCACCUAGGGUUCAAUGCAAUCCUGUAGUGAAAACGAAGGCAAUUAUACAGGGCCCAGGUGGACAUAAGAGACCGAUACUACAGGGCAAUCAUUUCGUCGGCCAAGGGGCGUCGAAGAAUACACGAUGCGUAUGGUGCAAACAGUCUCGCACGAAAUAUAUCUGUAAGCAAUGUGAUGUGACACUUUGCUUAGAUGUAUGUUUUGAGGAGUACCAUACAAAAUAUUAGAAAAUUAAGAGUGUGCGGAAAGCAAAAUUCGAAUACGGAGAACAAGUCGUUACUAGUCUUGAUUGGAAGUAAAUUCCAAGAUUUUAAAUAAUACAUAAACUAUAUCAUAUUCGCGAGGGCUGACUCUAGCCAAAACGAUAAAAGAUCAUUUGGCUCGAUAGAAAUAAAUCACGAAAACAAGUCUAAUUUUAUUUAAUUUUAGUUAUAUGUCGAUACCUGGCAUACCAAAGUAGUACAACUGUAGUAUAUAAUAGUCAUUGAUAUAGCCGAGGGCUGACUCUAAGCAAUCUUUAAAUCAAAUUAGUUUUCAGAGUAAUAGACAACACGUUAAUUUUCGCGCGAUGUAGGUAGGGAUCUUCCGUCGUGAGUUCCGCACGGCAUACCGUAUCUUUUGUUCCCUUGUAUUUACCGUUCUUUCGCUGGCUUUUUGCGCCCUCUUAAAAUAAUUGUUGUAAUUUAAUAGACCCUAAGACAAUGAAGGUACGGUCGUGGAAAUUGAUUCUUUAGCAGUUUACGGUUCACUUUACAUUGGACAGCUCUAAGCAUAAGUACGUACAACCAAAUUUACUUGAACCGCAAAUUGCUAAAGAAUCAAUUUCCUCCACCGUACAUUGCAUCUCUGUUGAAUUAAUGUUAUCGACUAAGUUAUAUUGUGAUGUCUACAAAUUUCGAUAUGUGGAAGAGCUCUUGUAGCCUUAAAAUAGUAAUGUGUUUAUAAAAUACAUAAUUUCAAGAUAAAAAGUUUA